AUGGGCUCGCCGAUUUCGGGAUUCAUCGCCGAGGCGGUCCUACAGCGGCUGGAGUCACUGGUCUUCCAACACCACAGACCGAAAUUCUGGGCUCGGCAUGUGGACGAUACCUUCGUCGUCAUCGAACGGGACCAGGUGCUAACGUUCAAAGAACGUCUCAACAGCGUCUUCCCGGACAUACAAUUUACGAUGGAGGAGGAAGAGAAUAACCAGCUGGCAUUCCUUGAUGUCCUCGUCUGUCGCAAAGAUUGUGGUGGCCUAAAGACCAGUGUGUUCAGAAAAGCGACGAACACGACGCAAAUACUGAACUUCAACAGUAACCACCCAAUCAGCCACAAACGCAGUUGCGUAAGAACGCUAUAUCGGCGUGUUGAGACGCACUGCAGUGAACCGGGAGACAAGGUUGCCGAAUCCCAAUAUCUUCGACGGGUUUUCCGAGAAAAUUGCUACCCGCGCAACUUCGUCAACCGGUGCCUGCGAAAACGAGACGAGCGACAAAACCGUACCGACCCCAAAUUCUGGAGAGCGAUCCCGUACAUCAAGAACGUCUUCGAGGCCGUUAGUCGCCUUCUUGCACCACUUGGGGUUAGAGUUGCGCACAGACCGGAGGCCACCAUGAGGCGUCAAGUGAUGAGACCAAAAGACCCACUGCCACGACAAGAAACAUCUGGAGUCGUUUACCGGAUCUGGUGCAGUUGCGGACAAAGCAACUACGUCGGAGAAACUGGAAGACUGCUCUGGACACGAAUCGCCGAACACGUGGCCGCUGUACGGAGAAAUGACGCCAACUCUCAGGUCGCGGCCCAUUCGACGAGACCCGGCCACACAUUCAAGUUCGAUGAGGCCGAAAUUCUCGCGAGAGAAGAUAAUCGUGUGAGCCGCGAGUUGCUUGAGUCAUGGUUCACGGGACCUGAGUCUAUCAACAAGUGCAACGACAUUCCCACUCCAUAUUCUGUGCUGGCCAAAGCAAUUGACCUCUCGAGGAGCUCGCAAGCCGGCGAGCCAGAUGGCCGAGCAAUCAUCACGCCAGCAUCCAACACGGGUGAUGACAUUUCGACAAUUAACAAAUUGCAUGCCGGCCAUCAAGCAAUUAGCGCGCCAGCGGGCAACAAUCCUUGA